CAACAAUAAAUAUUCAUUCUUUCCUCUUUCUAACGCCAACGUUUAAAUAACAGUUUUUAACGUUAUAAAAUUAAUGGCGGAAAAUUUUUUAUUAGAUUUAUCACAAGAUAUUGGUCAACUUCUUACUACUGGAGAUGGCCAUGAUUUAAUUAUUCAAGCUGGGGAAGGUCAAAACAUGAAAGAACUCAUUGCGCAUUCAUUAAUUUUAAGUGCUAGGUCAACAUAUUUUAAAACUGCAUUAUCAAAAGAAUGGGCAAAAAAAGAAAAUGGUGUAAUUAUUUUCAAAAAGCCAAACAUUUCUCCGGAAAUCAUGGAAUUAAUUUUAAAUUAUCUUUAUACUGGAUUAGUUAAUUUCGAUAAGCAAAAUAGUGUAAAGGUGUUGAAACUUUUAGUGGCAUCUGAUGAACUGAAUUUGCAAAAAUUAAGUGAUUAUAUUCAGACUUAUCUGAUUGAUAAUCAAGCAGAAUAUUUAAAGAAUGAUCCUGUUGAUGUUCUUCAAAUUACAUUUCGAUAUGAGAGUUGUGAAGGCUUACGUAAAUUUUGUUUAGAUUCUAUCUGUGAAGAACCUAAAAUACUUUUUGAAUCUCCAAAAUUCACUUCAUUGGAAAAAGAUCUUAUUAUUCUUUUCUUAAAAAAUAAUGAACUUGAAAUGGAAGAAAUUGAAAUUUGGGAAUUCGUACUUAAAUGGGCUCUUGCAAGAAUGUCGACUCAACAUAAUGUUGAUAAUUUAUCCCAAUGGACAUCAAGUAAUUUCGAGGAAUUAGAAAAAAUCCUACACGAUUUAAUUCCACAUAUUAGAUGGUUUCAAAUUCCUUCAAAACUUUUUUGGAGAAAGGUUAAUCCAUUUAAGUCAAUCUUUCCAAAACAACUUUAUGAGGAUAUUAUGGGAUAUUAUUGUGAUCCUGACACACCACCAACUAAUGCAAUAUUACCUUUAAGACGUAAUUUAUCUUAUAUUGAUUCUGUUCUUAUCGAAAGAGAUCAUUUAUCAAUAAUUGCAAGCUGGAUUGAUAAAAAGGAAGAGUCUUUUUAUAAUACUAGAAGUACUCCUUAUUCAUUCACACUUCUUUAUCGUGCAAGUAGAGAUGGAUUUGAAGCUGCAAAAUUUCAUGAGUUAUGUGAUAAUAAAGGUUCGACUAUUAUGAUAUCAAAAUUAA